GGAUAAAAUCUCUCCCAACAUAAUCGCACGAUGUGCUGUUGGCUGUCAACUGAUUUGAAAACAACUGAAACUUUUCCUUCAAAACGUUAAUGACCUCUUUCGAGGAAGUACACUUUAAUUGUUAAUCUGUUUACAGACUUGUAGAAACUUCUCUACAAACUGUAACUUUCACCAAAGGAGCGAAGCCACAGAUGACGACGCUCUGAAAAGAAAUGAAAGGGGAAGUGAAACUUAUCGAGGCAGCUGGUUGGACAUAAACCAAAAGAAGCGCAGAUAAAACAGAAAGAAAACUUUAAAACUGCUGAAUAAGUGAAGCACCCUGCUACAUCACCAGCAUGGCAGCAAAAGAAAACCAUUACUUCAUCAUAACAGAAAAACCGGAAUAUCCUGGACAUGUCAAUGUUGGAAGCAUAUGUUACACCCCUGGAUACAGGUACAGAUCGGUGGUCAGAAGAUGUCCCUCUCCCUCAAAGUUGCCAGUCAUCCUCUUCAACUCACAUUCAUCAUUGGAUUAUGACAUCCUCCUGACUUGCAUGAAGCCGCUGAGUGAAAAGGAAGCCGAGCUCCUGCUGGCCUUGCCUGAUGAUGCAGAGAGACUGAAGUGGUUCACAGACAAAGCUGCUCUCCAAACAGCUCUUGGACUCACUGAGGGCACUGCAGUUAUUGUGGAGGAGGGAGGAGAGGAGUUGAAAGGCAUCAUCCGCUAUAUUGGGGAGCUGACAACGCCAACAUUUUCAGAUCGUUUAUCAGGAACUUUCUUUGGGAUUGAACUGCAGGGACCAGACAAGGGGAAGGGGAAAACCGAUGGGUCCUACCAGUAUCAAACCCUCUUCACCUGCGCAAAAGAUUGUGGCAUUUUUGCCCCAUUUUCCAGAGUCAGGCCUGUGGUUCCCCGUUCCUUGUCGCCCUCAGUCCCAGAGACCUCACCCCAGCUACAGACAGAUGAGCUAAUCCCAGGGGACAGGGUCACUUACCUAAUCAAUGAUAAAUGUCAUCAUGGAAUGGUGUUGGAUGUGCAGGAAGUGGAUGGACAACAUUUUGUUCAGAUCUCUACUGACACAGACCAGAAUGGGAAGAGAGGAGGUGAAGUUAGAGUUCCACUAGACUCGGUCAUGAAGGGAGAGGUUCCUGCAGAGCCAGAGAGCAUGGACAUUGAUACACCACCAGUGGAACCAAACACUGAUGAUCUGUACACAGGUCUGACUGUGAACUCUGUGGUGGAGGUGACCUUGGGUAAAGGCAACGCAUAUGGAAUCAUCCGCUGGAUCGGCAAUUUGACUGAUCGAAAGCAGCUGAUGGCUGGACUAGAGCUGGAGGACGACAGUGGAGUGAGUGAUGGUACCUUUAAAAACGAGCGUUACUUCUCAUGUCUUCCCAAGAGAGCUCUGUUUGUGAAGCUGAGCUCCUGCCGCCCUGACUCACGCUUUCAGAGCCUAUCAACCAAUCACAAUGAGGAGAUGCCAAAACCUGACGACACAGACAUAGAGACAGAUCACAAUACAGGGAAGCUGGAGACUGUUCCUCCUUUGAGCGCUGAACAGGUCAACCAGAUUCUGAUUGGACGAAUGAAGGGGAUUCAAGGCCACUGUAACUCCUGCUACAUGGAUGCUGCCCUCUUCAGUUUGUUUUCCUGCUCCUCUGUGCUGGACUCUAUGUUGUUUAAAUCAACUGCACCUCAAGAUGCCCCAAUUCAGAGAACGCUGCUUCAUGACAUUGUCAACCCCCUCCGCAGUAAGGGCUUUGUUGAAGGGCGGCACAUCAUGAAGCUCCGACAGCAGCUGCAGAAACACGGCUACAGUCAUUCCUUCACCACAGAUGAGAAGGACCCAGAGGAGUUCCUCAGUGUCAUCAUGCAUCAUAUCCUCGCUCUGGACCCUCUUCUCAAACUCUCAGCUGGAGGUAAAGUACAGGAUAGUUACUGCUAUCAGAUCUUCCUGGACCAGAACCACAGUCUGGUUCUGCCUACAGUCCAACAGCUGCUGGAACAUUCCUUCCACAGUUCAGGACUCAAACUGGCAGAGGUUCCCUCCUGUCUCAUCCUCCAGAUGCCUCGCUUUGGAAAGAAAUUCAAGAUGUUUGACAAAAUUGUUCCUUCUCUGGAGCUGGACAUCUCUGACCUCCUCUCUGAAGGUCCUCAGCAGUGCAUACUGUGUGGAAACCUGGCUGAGCAGCAGUGCUCCGACUGUUUUAAAGAUCCUGUUUUCAGCCAGACGGGAUUCAAAGUUUUCUGCAAGAUGUGCUCAGCUCAGGUGCACUCUCACCCGCAGCGCCGGGCCCAUCAGCCGGCUGCUGUGGACCUGCCCACAGGAUACCAGGAUCAUGGCAUACCUCACAUUCAGGCCAGAGACAAACUGGAGCUGUUUGCUGUGCUCUGCAUUGAGACAAGCCACUACGUGUCCUUCAUCAAAUAUGGACCAAACAGUGAGGACUGGAUCUUCUUUGACAGCAUGGCUGACAGAGAAGGAGAAAGAGAUGGCUACAACAUCCCUGAGGUGCAGCCUUGCCCUGAAGUCGGCGUGUACCUGGAAAUGUCUCCUGCAGAGCUGGCCAAUCAGGUGCCUCGAGACAUGAAAGGUGUGGCCAAGCGUCUCUUCUGUGACGCCUACAUGUACCUGUAUCAGAGUACCACCGUAAGCCUCUAUCGCUGAGAGGACACGUCGCCACACUGGAGAAGCUCUCUGCUUAUUCAUCGCACAACUCGUCAAUAAGAAGAAAAUAUUGGUUAUUGCCUUUACGGUUUAUGUAAUUUCCUUUUGCUCGAUUGCUUUGUUAUUUUUUUAUGAAUGUGUUGAAGUUCACACAGGAACAUUUAAAACAUGUAUAUUUAUAUAAUUUUCUGCUCUGGGGCUGGGAAAGUUUAUUAGGCUUGCAAAAUUUAUAACUAUGUUUAAUUAACGUAGUAUCAUAUGAAGAAAAAGCACCAACUGACAAUGUUUGCUCAGUAUUUUUGCACUAUAAUCUAAAGACAAGAAAAUCAACGUUGACAGAUGUGCAGUAUGUGUCGCCAAAAUAAAUGUUGCACUGUAAUAUUAGGAUUUUGUAGUUCAUUGUUUCUCCCUGGUGUUUGAUAAUUAUCUUUAAAAUUCAUAUUAAAUUUAAAUGAUACCUGCAGACCAAACAAAUCCACCAAAGAAGACAGUAUAAUAGAUAUAGUAGAGUGUGGCUUGUUAUAAAUGCCACUGCACUGCACUACUGUAAAUACACAGUUGUUAAUUUGCUCACCAAUGUACCUUAAUGUUUUCUGACUAAUGAGAGUUUAGGAUGGUGUCUGGACCAGUUACUUCAUAUGUCAGUAAAAUUAGUUUGUAUUCUCUGGAAUAUUUGAUAUUUUACCUCAGGAAAUAAGUUGCUUUUUGACAUGACAAUCCUGUUUUCAGCAUUCGAACUGACGUGUUUGGGAUAAUAUUGUAUAACAUGGAAAACUGCAAAAUUGGGAAAAUUGCAUUUAAAUGGCUACUUAGGACUAAAUUUGUGGCCCUCAAUUUAUACUGUAAGUUCAUUGCUACUUGCUCUGAUGUACAGUACAAUGAAUAUAAUGAAUAAAUAAUAAAACACA